AUGAAGAUAUCCGACAACUUGCUUCGUGAAAAUUUCGUACGACGAUGCGAAUCGCUUUCUGUUCGUGGAAAUUUCAUGAGCUCUAUUUUUUCUUUGAAAGUAAUGGUCGGAAAAGACGGAGAAGGCCUGGCAUAUUUUAUUGAAGCGGAAUCGCCACGCAAACGGGCUGAGGAAACUGCCGCUUUAGAACAACAGCCUCCGGAUGAUGCAAAACACUGA